GAUGUGAGACAGUAGCUCCACGGAGAUACAUCCUGACCUUCAUCCAGGGAGAUCAUCCAGACUCACAAACAAAGAGACAACAUGAAAACUGUUGCAGCCUUUUUGCUGGUGCUGUGUUACCUGGCUGGUAGUCAUGCAUGGAACUGCAGGGAGGGUCCACGGCUGAGUAGUAUUAGACAGAUUGAUGCUGGACUGGGGAAAGUGGUCGCAGUAAACAGGUACAAUCAGGCAUUUGUCCUUCUAGGAACAAGUUGGUACAGACUCAGCUCCAUCAGCCUCAAGCAUAUCUCAGUGGGACCUGCAGGAAUGUGGGGAGCCAGCAACACAAACAGAGUGUACAAGUCCGUGGCAGGAAACAUGCUACAAUCCAGUGGUCUGUCUCUGCAGCAGGUGGAUGCUGGUGGUGAUGGUCAGGUUGUUGGAGUAUCAGUUGGCGGAAGUAACACCCUCUGUCUGAGAGAGAGUUUUGCUUUGGCCUACAAGGGAGUGGGCUCCUUGAGCUGGAGUUCCCUGGGAAGGGCGAUGAGGUACUACAGCUGCAGCCCGAACAACGGCUGCUGGGGAGUCGACACCAGUUUCCGGGUCUACUUCACACAGAGAAUCGUACCAAGCAACUGUGGCACUAGUGGAUGGAUAUACGUGGCAGGACAAUCCAUGACAAUGAUUGAAGUGGGGACCGACGGAAGUGUUUUUGGAGUGAAUAGGAGUGGCCAGGUGUUCCAAAGAAUUGGCAUCUCCAGUCGUCUCCCCCAAGGAUCAGCUUGGCGUUCUGUCCCAAUGUGCAUGUCCAUCCGUCACGUGAGCUACGACCUGGGCCGGCUCUGGGCAGUGACCACCUCUGGUUUGCUUAUGCAGUGCACACACUAAUGUCGUUUGUGUGGCAGAUGUUUAGUAUGCCAGUUUCUGUCAUGGUAGAUGUCUUGGCACAGAGUUACACAAACUGGUGUAACUUUUCAUUUAUCUCAUCUUUAUUAAAUCAGUACAUAUUUGGGAAUUAUAUCCACAAGAAGUAACUGGUUCUUAGAUAUAUUGUGAUUCUUUCUUAAAUGAUCAAUCAUCAAUGCACAAGACUGAUCAGAAUUUGAUGAUGCAGUAAAUUACAUUAAGCAAAUAGUUUUCUUUUUUUUUUUUUUAAACUCACUUAAUUGUGAAAUAAACAAAUUACAUUAAUAUUGACUGGUAACAGCUGUUAAUACUAAUGCUAUCUAGCAAUAGCAAAACUUACAAAUAGCUCAUUUAAAGUAAGGAAAAGUAAAACCUAUGUCGUUGUUCCAAACAUGAAAUGGGAGGAACUGUGCAUUUUUAAUUUUAUUUUUAACUUUUUUUCUAUAUUUUCAAUUCUAUGUUUAAAUCAGGGAAUAUAAUAAAGUUUAAACAGAA